UACAAAUCCUACCACCAAACCCUAUCACAGGCUCAGAGUUGCAGCCACCUUCAAACCUCAGAACGCCACCACUAUCGCCGCCGGCGGUGACAGCCAGAAGUUGCCGUCGUCGCCCCUCGAAGGUCUGCUCGGCUCUCUUCUCUUGGAUACGCUUCUCCUCGACGUCGCUAGAAGGUCGAUUCGGAGCUGUUGGCGUCGCCGUCUCUGUCUUCGUCGUCAAGCCAGUCUCCGUCGUCGUCGUCGUUGUCGUCGUCGUCGUCGGCCCUGAACUCGUCUUCUCUGUCCUCUUCGUGAAGCCUCUGUCUUCGAGCCCCCUCUCUCUUCCUCUCUCUGUGUCCGAGCUCACUUCCCUUCCUUCCUCGCCGUCACUUCCCUUCCUCUCUCGCCGCUGAUGGCGAGAUAUUGAUAAUACAAAGUAACGCACAGAGGAAUCAAUGCAGUUAUAAAGGUGAAAAUCUGUUCUUCACUUAAUGCUUUUGGUCUAUAAGCUUCCUACAGACAGCAGAAAUUCAAUUAUUGGAACAAUUUUAUCAACAAUUGGGGUAUGUUGAGGAAUUUGCUAAAAGGGAAUUUUGGGGGGGUACAUUUGAAAUUAUUUAUGGGUGGGUCAUUAAAUGACUCCUGACCCUUAGUAGUUUGAGUUGUUUCUUUUCUUCCUGUAAUGACAUGAAAGCAUGUACCAAGAAAAUCUCAUGCCGAAGCUUUACCAAAUUGACACAUCCAAAACCGCACCUUCAUGUCCGAACCCCCAUAGAUGCUUCCAUCAUCAAGACAGGCUUCAUGCCCCAAACAUGCCGUUUCAAUUUCCUGAUCAGGGCCUGUGUUCAACGGGGCGAAUUGCGCCGUGCUCGGAAACUGUUCGACGGAAUGCCUCACAGAAACACCUUCUCUGCUAACAUGAUGAUCAUGGGUUACAUACAAUCUGGCGAUCUUGCCACUGCAACUAACUUGUUUGAUGGCAUGGAUGAUCGCAAUGCUGUUUCCUGGACAAUGCUGAUUGGCGGCUAUGCUCAGAACAAUAGGUUUCGUGAAGCCUUUGGUCUUUUUGUUGAGAUGUGUAGGCAUGGAGUUGAACCAGAUUAUGUUACAUUUUCCACUCUCUUAUCUGGGUUCACUGAGUUCGAUUCUGUCAAUGAAGUAACCCAGGUUCAUGCCUAUGUCGUUAAGUUGGGGCAUAAUUCGGCCAUGGUAGUUUCCAACUCAUUGCUUGAUUCUUACUGUAAAACCCGCAGCCUCGGGUUAGCUUGUCAGCUGUUUGAGCACAUGCCUAUGAAGGAUUCUGUCACUUACAAUGCAUUAAUGGCAGGGUAUUCAAAAGAGGGGUUGAAUCAGGAGGCCUUAAACCUGUUCUUCAGGAUGCAGGAUUUGGAGUUUAAGCCUACAGAAUUUACUUUUGCUACAGUUUUGUGUUGUGGGAUACAGUUGGAUGAUAUAGAAUUUGGGCAACAAGUUCACAGUCUUCUGCUGAAGACUAAUUUUGUGUGGAAUGUGUUCGUGGCAAAUGCUUUGCUUGAUUUCUACUCGAAGCAUGACCGGGUUGCUGAAGCACAGAAACUUUUUAAUGAGAUGCCAGAGUUGGAUGGCAUCUCUUACAAUGUACUUAUCACAUGUUAUGUGUGGAACGGAAGAUUCAAAGAAUCUAUUGAACUAUUCAGGGAGUUACACCUCACUAGAUUUAACAGAAGGCAAUUCCCAUAUGCUACGUUGCUGAGCAUGGCUGCAAAUGCAUCGAACCUGGAAAUGGGUAGGCAAAUUCAUUCCCAGGCUAUUGUAACAGCUGCCAUUUCAGACAAUAUGAUUGGGAAUUCUUUGGUUGACAUGUAUGCUAAAUGUGACAGAUUUGGGGAAGCAAAUAGGAUUUUUGCAAAUUUGGCUCUUCAAAGUUCAGUUCCAUGGACAGCCCUGAUCUCGGGUAAUGUUCAGAAGGGACACCCUGAAGAAGGUAUAAAGCUAUUCAUUGAUAUGCAAAGAGCUGAAAAGACUGCAGAUGCAGCUACCUAUGCCAGCAUCCUAAAAGCCUGUGCAAAUUUAGCCUCACAGGCUCUGGGAAAGCAGUUACACUCGCACAUAAUUAGAUCAGGAUGCCUUUCAAAUGUAUUUUCUGGGAGUGCACUGCUUGACAUGUAUGCGAAAUGUGGAUCCAUCGAAAAUGCACUUCAAAUGUUUCAAGAGAUGCCAGUUAGGAAUUCAGUCUCCUGGAAUGCACUGAUUUCAGCUUAUGCACAAAAUGGAGAUGGUGAAAAUACUCUUAGGUCAUUUGAACAAAUGGUUCAUUCAGGUCUGAAACCAAAUGCUGUUAGUUUCCUUAGUGUGCUGUGUGCAUGCAGCCAUUGUGGUCUAGUUGAAGAAGGAUUGCAAUACUUCAACUCCAUGACUCAAAUAUAUGAAGUUACUCCUAAACGAGAGCAUUAUACUUCAAUGGUCGAUAUGCUUUGUCGGAGUGGGAGAUUCGAGGAGGCAGUGAAAAUGAUGGCUCAGAUGCCUUUUGAACCUGAUGAAAUAAUGUGGUCAUCAGUUCUAAACUCCUGCAGAAUCCAUAAAAAUCAAGAGUUGGCAAAGAAAGCAGCAGACCAAUUAUUUAGCAUGAAGGAGCUCAGAGAUGCUGCUCCAUAUGUUAGCAUGGCCAAUAUAUAUGCAGAAGUUGGUGAAUGGGAAAAUGUAGGGAAGGUGAAGACGGCCAUGAGAAGCCGAGGAAUUAGAAAAGUGCCGGCUUACAGUUGGGUCGAAAUCAAACACAAAACUCAUAUUUUUUCAGCAAAUAACAAGUCUCACCCACAGAUGAAAGAGAUCACAAGGAAGCUUGAUGAUCUGGAGGAGCAAAUGGAGAAAGAAGGGUACAAGCCUGACUUAAGCUGUGCCCUUCACAAUGAGGAUAACGAACUGAAGGCAGAAUCCCUUAAAUAUCACAGUGAACGCAUUGCCAUUGCAUAUGCACUGAUCAGCACCUCAGAAGGGUCACCGAUUGUAGUAAUGAAGAAUAUAAGAGCUUGUACAAAUUGCCAUGCUGCAAUCAAGGCAAUAUCCAAGAUAGUUGGUAGGGAAAUCACAGUGAGAGAUUCAAGUAGGUUCCAUCAUUUCAGAGAUGGAAUCUGCUCCUGUAGGGACUACUGGUAGUGGUAGGUUGCAAUUCAAAAUCAUGUUGCUUGUUUACUUCUUAUUCUUAAAUAAAACUUUGUAAAAGUUGGUCAUCCCUAAGUUUUCAGGAACACAUGAUGAACAUGCCUGUAUUUUCUUUAUCCGGGCUUCUGAGUUCUCAGAUUGAGCUUUCUUUUCACUUAAGAGUAUUGAAAGUCUAUUGUUGAGAGAUUUAGGCUCUUGCUGAUAUAUUACCAAAAGAAACACUUCUGUGGAAGCUGAAGCUGCUUAGAUCAGCUUCUGCAUAUGCCAACUCACGCCUUCAUGCUGUAAAAGCUCAGACUUUGAUACUAUCCAGUGAAAAAGACGAAUUACUACCUAGCAAAGAGGAAGACGAAAGGCUACGUAAGUUAUUAGCUAACUCUGAGCUAUGUAAAUUUGCAGACAGUGGACAUUUCCUAUUCCUGGAAGGCAACAUUGACCUGGUAACAGUCAUCAAGGGAACUUCUUUCUACCGCUGUGUAAAGAAGCAUGAUUAUGUAUCAGAUUAUAUACCGCCAACGCCUACGGAAUUCAAAGAAGUACUCUUACAGUUAAAUAUUAUGAUAAAGUUGAUCAUAUAAGGCAUCAACACAGUUAACAAGUCUGCAGUGUUUAAACAAGCUUAUCAUGUCAAGUUGAUGUCUUGGCUAUUGAACACUCUGACAAGUCCUGUAAUGUUGUCAACUUUGGAGGAUGGAACAAUUGUAAAGGGCCUUGCUGGACUUCCUUCAGAGGGACCUGUUAUAUAUGCUGGGUAUCACAUGCUGCUCGGAAUUGAACUCGGACCAUUAGUUUCUCGAAUUUUGACCGAAAGAGAUAUCCUUGUCGAGGGAUAGGACAUCCAUUGAUGUUUAGGAGAAAUGAUGCCAGACUACUGCCAGAUUUAGCUUCUUUUGAUUCUUUCAAUGCUGUUCCUGUUGCUGCAACUAACCUAUUCAAGCUUUUGUCUUCCAAGUCUCAUAUCUUAUUAUAUCCUGGAGGGAUGCGUGAGGCUCUUCACAGGAAGGGUGAAGAAUACAAGUUAUUCUGGCCUGAACAAUCUGAGUUUGUUAGAAUGGCAGCUUGAUUCGGAGCUAAAAUAGUACCUUUUGGUACUGUUGGAGAAGAUGAUCUUGCUGAGGAGCUUGGAUCUUUGCCGAGCUAUAAUCAUUUUACUUUACAAAGUGAUUGUGCCCUUCAAGUGCUUGUCAUGGAGACAAAAGCAUGACCAUAUUGUUUAUGGAUGAUGACAGGGAGAAAUCUUAUGGACUAUAUUUACAAGUGGAAUCCGAGGUUGAGAAAUGUUGGGCUUUUUUAAGGAGAAAAGAGAAAGUGACCCUUGCAGAAACAUAGUGACCCUCGAAAUUUGAAUGUUGGAAACCAAACCUGUUGGUGUCUUGUCUGUCUUUCUUUCUUUCUUUCUUUUGUUUUUUACCUCCUCUUUUAAUUGGUAAGAUGUGCAUUCCCCUAUGUAAGAUGAAAAUGAAAUCAUCCAUUUUUCUUUUUCCUUUUUAAUAGAACAGUGCAAUAAUUCUUGGUUCAAAUCAAUAAGAGGUGAAUGCGGGUUUCACGAAUAUAAUAUAGU